AUGUCCGGGCGGUUUGUGCGUUCCUCCAAGUAUCGCCACGUCUUCGGGCGUUCGACACGAAAGGAACAAUGUUACGAUAAUCUUCGCAUCUCGCGAAAUGCGUGGGAUACCAAUCUAAUCAAGGUCAACCCAAAGCACUUGGCCGUCAAUUGGGAAGCCGGUGGUGGUGGAGCCUUCGCUGUCAUUCCCCUCGAGGAACGGGGCAAACUACCGGAGCGCAUUCCUCUAUUCCGCGGGCACACUGCUGUCGUUCUCGACACCGACUGGAAUCCCUUCAACGAUGAUCUGAUUGCUUCGGGUUCCGACGACGGAAAGGUCUUCCUCUGGCGGGUUCCAGAUAACUUCACCGUUCGCCCCGAUCUCGACGCGGAUGACAUCCAGGACAUUGCGCCUGUUGCAAAGCUAAGCGGCCACUCCAAGAAGGUCGGCCACGUGCUCUUUAACCCCGCGGCGGAAAACGUGCUGGCAACGGCCUCGGGCGACUAUACUGUGAAGAUCUGGGAUAUCGAGGCGGGCGCACCAAAGCUGACACUGAACAUCGGCGACAUUGUGCAGUCACAGUCAUGGAGCGCCAACGGUUCCCUGCUGGUCACUACCUCGCGCGACAAGAAGCUCCGUAUUUGGGAUGUUCGUCAAGAGCGCCCGGCACACGAAACAGCCGGACACUCUGGAGCCAAGAACAGCCGUUCUGUUUGGCUGGGUGAGCGCGACCGGAUCGUGACCACUGGUUUCUCCAAGAUGAGUGAUCGUCAGCUGGCUCUGUGGGACAUCCGUGCGGCCCGCGAGCCCAUUAACGGAUUCAAAACUCUGGACUCCAUCUCCGGUGUUUGCAUGCCAUUCUGGGAUGAUGGUAACAGCAUGUUAUAUCUGGCCGGACGAGGUGAUGGAAACAUCCGCUACUUCGAAGUCGAAAACGAUAAGUUUGAGUUCCUCUCCGAGUACAAGUCUGCCGAUCCCCAACGUGGUGUCGCAUUCAUGCCCAAGCGUGGUGUCAACAUGCACGAUAAUGAAAUUGCGCGUGCCUUCAAGACUGUCAACGACGGCUACAUUGAGCCCGUCUCAUUCAUCGUGCCCCGCCGAUCAGAAACCUUCCAGGACGACAUCUACCCACCCACCACUGGUUUAACCCCUGCAAUGGGAUCAUCUGAGUGGUUCGGCGGUAAGGAGGCCAUUCCUCCCAAGAUUUCCAUGGAAAGCCUAUUUGAAGGAAACGGUCUCAAGGAGGUUGAGGGUGUACAAGAGAAGCCCACUGGAGCUAUGGAUGCCCCGGCUCCCAAGCCCGCUGAGCCGGAGGUCAAGAAGCCCGAGCCUGUGGCUCCGAAGGCCGCUCCUGAGCCUACCCCGGAACCCACACGCCUGGCCCGUCCCGCCCCAUCUAUGAAGGAGCAGGGUGGAGCCAUGUCAGCGAUGGUAAACAAGUUUGCCGACGAGGAGGAGGCUACUCCCGCCGAUGAUGACGAUUCUAGCUUUGAUGAGGUUCCUAAGCCCGUCGAGCGCGCUACCCGCUCUCCCGUCGUCGAGCCGUCAUCCCCGAGGGUUAGCAGCCCCUUGCGUCCCAAGGAGGAGCCCAAGCCGCAACCUGUUGUUGCUACUGCUACCCCCGCUGCCGCUCCCGCCCCCGCUCCCGCAUCCCCUGCUAGCGAGUCGAGCGUCCCCACCGCCACCGUCUCCAAGGAGAUCGAGGAGAUCAAAAACCUGAUUGCCGCGCAGACGAAGACUAUCGCUGAGCAGGCGCAGCAGAUGCAGACUUUGACUGCUGAGAUCGAAGCGCUGAAGACAAAGCUGACUUAA